AUGUCAGAUCAUGCUACAAAAAUAUUAUUACGUAAACUAAAAAACACCUAUGAAUUACUAUUGAAUAUAAAAGAUGAAAAAGGAGGUGAUGUUUCAGGUACUUUUAAAAAUUUGCCCCCAAGGAGAGAUUUUGCAGAUUAUUAUGUUAUAAUUACUAAACCCAUGAGUUUGAGUAAGAUUAAAAAAAAGUUGCAUCAUUAUACUUUAGCACAAGAUUUUGUCACUGAUUUAGCUCAAAUUGUAUGGAAUGCAAAGACUUAUAAUUCUGAAGAUUCUUUAAUCUAUGAAUAUGCUAAUAUUUUUGAAGAUUUUGUUAAAAAGAAUUGUUUACCUAAAUUAAUUAAAAGUUAUCAGGUUAUUUACCCUGAUUUAGGCACUUUACCAGAUGAAAACAAUGAAACAAUUCUUGAAGAAGAAGAAGAAGAAGAAGAAAAAGAAGAAGAAGAAGAGAAGCAAGAAAACAAGAAAGAGGAAGAGGAAAAAGAGGAAGAAAAAGAGGAAGAAAAAGAGGAAGAAAAAGAGGAAGAAAAAGAAGCAGAAAAAGAGGAAGAAAAAGAAGCAGAAAAAGAGGAAGAAAAAGAGAAGGAAAAAGAAGAAGAAAAAGAAGAAGAAAAAGAAGAAGAAACAGAGGAAGAAGAAAAAGAGAAAGGAGGAAUGAAAGAAAAAGACACAGAAGAAAGCAAGGAGUCGGAAGAUAAACAACAACUAAAAGAUAAAAAUGAAAAAAAUACUGUUAUUACCAAACAUAAUACAACAUCUGCGAUAAACGGUUAUCCUAACAACAUCGCUGGAAGUGAUAAAAUUGAAGGAGUUAAUGAUAAGAAUAAUCAACAAAAUAACUUAAACAAUAAUGCUCUAGUCUCGCAGCAUAAUCCAAAUCCCAUUUCAACUACACCAAUCUCAUAUUCAUCUUCACAUUCACCACCACAGACAUUAACAGCCACGCAAGCAUCUUCUCCCGUUCAAAUAGCAGCUCCAUACAGUAUGCCCCAAGCAAAAAAUUAUACAAUGUCACCUACCCCAGUAUUUAAAGAAAAACACAUUGGACGCGGUAGACCCCCAAUCUUGGAUUUGCCUUUUGAACAACGUAUGAAAAAUGUUUUGAAAUACUUGAAGAAAGAAGUUAAUGGAUUUGGUGAAGGCAUUACCGAAAGUUUUGAUAGACUUCCUCCUAAGAAUGAAAGUCCGGAUUAUUACUCCAUUGUUAAGCACCCGAUUUGUUUAGAUGAUAUUAGAAAGCUAGUUAAAGCCAAAAAGUAUCAAAACAUUGACCAAUUUAAGAAUGAUGUUUUAUUAUGUAUUAAUAAUUUUAGAUUAUACAAUAGAACUGAUACCAUGUUUCUACGCAAAUCUCAGGAGUUUGAAGACAAGUUUAAUGUAUAUUUACAAGCUGAAUUAGCUAGACCAGAUAAAGAAUUUAGGUCGGAUGCUGAUUCCAAAAAAGUGUUAGAUCAUGUGGUUGUUAAUGGGAAAGUUUAUAAAACUGGAUCAUGGAUUUUGUUGCGUAAUCCCAAUGAUCCUAAUAAGCCUACAGUUGGCCAGGUUUACAUAAUAUGGCAGAAUAAAGACGGUAGCCAGUGGAUUAAGGCCUCUUGGUACCUACGACCAGAGCAAACUGUUCAUAGGGUUGACCGUUUAUUUUACAAAAAUGAAGUUUGUAAAUCAGGACAUUAUAGAAUUCACCCAGUUGAUGACAUUGUUGGUGAAUGCUAUGUUUGCCACUUUACUAGGUUUCAACGUGGUAAUCCGGAUGUUCAGGUUGAUGGACCAUUAUUUAUUUGCGAAUUUAGAUAUAAUGAAAGUGAUAAGAAUUUCAACAAAAUUAGAACUUGGAAAGCGUGUUUGCCGGAGGAAAUUCGUAAUAUUGACGAACCAACCAUUCUUGUUAGCGGGAGAAAAUUUUUCAAAUAUGAAUCACCAAUUAAACACUUAUUGCCUAAAAAUGCCACCUAUGAUGACCCUAUACCUGAGCCUACUAAGGGUUUACCAAAUGCUCCUCCCAUCGUUGGUGCGGUGUAUUUAAGAAAGCCCCUGAAAAAGGAUGAUCUAGGUGAAUAUUCUACAUCCGCCACAUGUCCACGUUACAUUAUCAGACCCAAUGAUCCGCCGGAAGAAGGUAAAUUAGAGCCGGAAACAGGCACUAUUAUUACCAACAGUUUUACAGCAAGCGCACUACCUAAGUCUAGUGGUAUAACUACUACCAGUAGGUUACCCACUUUAACACAGAAAAGAUCGCCUGAAGCGUUUGCUGACAGCCCUAGCAGCAGUACUCCUAUUACCAUGCAUCAACCUAAAAGGAUCACUUAUAGUCCUCCUAGCUCAACAUAUAAUCACAAUCCACAGUUCAUAAGUUCUUCUGCCGCUGUUUCAGCGGUUCCACGUAGCAAUGUAGUUCCUAAAAAAUCAACUAUGCAUAUCGAACAGCCAAAGAAGUAUUAUCAAACUUUCCAAAAACAACAAAAGCACAGUAGAAACCAAAUGAUAAAUGCAGGUAGAAGUAACAUUAGUACCUCUAACUCCACUUCUGCCAGCGGUAACAAUAUUAAUGAAGUUCACAACAAUAGCAAUGUCUUAGGAUUUCCUAAUGCCAGCCAUAUCAGACCAGAUCAUAUCCUAUUAAACACACCUUCUGCGUUUGUAUUACCUGUUUGUAUUACCAAAAACACAGAAGUUAUUCAAAGAACAGACAGAUUAAAUCAAAAUAGAUUACAAAAAUUAGGAUUAUUGAGUAACAAUAAUAACAUCAAUAAUAUGGACCAUAGAACCAAGGGCGAGAUUAUAUGGUUCAGAGGUACUGCUACACAUAUUUCUCAAAGGUUGUUAAAUUUAAAAGAUUACAAAGUUAGCAAGGUACAUGAAAGUGACUUUGGAUUAAAGCCAAGCGCUGAAUAUUUGGCUUAUAAAUUAAACAAAACUUUUGGAGAUAAAUCAUGA